AUGAAGCUUGAGUCGUGCGUCCUUCUGGGCUUCGUGGCGUGCGCCGUAGCCGCGCCCAAUGGUGCCAGGGAAGCGCAUAUCGCAGCCUCGAAGGCUGUCCUCCCUGACAACAAACUACCGCAAUGGUUAGGAGCUGGGGACAUGUCUGCCAAAGAUGCUUCUGUAUUAGUCUUCGAGGCCUUGGUUAAGCUCGACGAAGUCUUAAAACAUCAGGAACAGACAAGCUCUCAGAUUGCAUCGAUCGCUGAGGACGACCUGGUGGAGAACGGAAUCCUGGACAAUGCGCCAUGCCAGCCGCUGACUAUGAUCUUUGCCCGCGGGACCAAUGAGAUGGGCAACAUGGGUAAAGGAAUUGGUAGGCCGCUUGCUGCUGCUCUUCGAGCCAAGACAGGCAACAAGGUCAUAGUUCAGGGAGUCAACUACGACGCCACUCCAGAGGGAAAUUUGCUCCUAGGUCUCAACGGAGGCCCGGUAAUGGCCGAUCUCGUAAAGCAGUCCGUUGCCCAAUGCCCCGACAGCAAGAUCGUUCUCGCAGGAUAUUCACAGGGUGCAAUGGUCACCCACGCCGGAAAACUUUUAACCCACGAGGAGAUAUCGGCAAUUGUGGUCUUCGGUGACCCAGGCCGUUUCGUCCCCUUUGUGAACAUCGCACCGGAGAAGACGAAGGAAUACUGCAACAAGGGAGACCCUGUGUGCUUGAACGGAUUCGAUCUUGAUGCUCACUCCGAAUAUGCCAUGCACGCAGAUUCAGCUGCAACCUUCCUUAUCGAGACCUCUGGCGCCAAAUAG